AUGAUGAAAGAUAAAACAUGUACAAUUCCAUGUUAUGAAGAAGAAGAUGAUUGUCAUUUAACUGUUGUGAAAAUUUUUCUUUCCAAAUAUUUAGAAUCAAAAGAUGGUUCACCAAUUUUGUAUAAACUUAAUCCAAUUAUGUGGCAUGGAAAUGGUCCACCACGAGAUCGAACAAAUCAAACAAUUCAAUUUGAACAUAUUUAUUUGUCAGUAUUUAUAUCAAUAUCAAUAUGUAGUGGAAUUGGAUUGUUUAUAUCAUGUACUUUUCUUGCUUUUAAUAUUCAUUUUCGAUCACAUAGAUAUAUUCGUAUGUCAAGUCCAACAUUAAAUAAUAUUAUUUUAGGCUGUUGUAUGUUAGCUUAUAUUAAUAUGAUAUUAACCCUUUGGCCGCCGCCGCCAUUUAUAAACGUCAUGGACUUUAUCAGUGUCUAA